AUGUGUGGGGAAGUGAUUCUGCUCAUAAUCUGCUCUUACGUGCACGUGGGCAAACGGUCUGAUUUGCUCUCCUGCCCUUCGAUUUUCAUUGGACGAGGCGGCAUCCUUGGACAUACAAACAAGCGGAGCUCAGCCCUAUCCCUCCUGCCCAGUCUAAUGAUUUCGAUGCGCAGACAACAGAAGCUACUGCUGGGUAUCCUCGGUUUGCCAUUCUACUUCCUCCUCCUCUACCUUCUCUACUCUCCCACCUUCAAAAGUAGUCAUUCGACAUCUCUCCUUCCUCCCCUUGGACAAAGUCUACGCCAAAUUGGUUCUUCGGCAAAUUUGGCCAUUUUUAAUGUAUUUCUUGAUCGCAGAUUGAGCGACAACCAGACGGAAAUUCGAUCUUACUAUGGCCAUGUGAAUGGCGUUCUACGAAUCAUUCUGGUCAAACGACGCGGUUAUCAGCCUCGAUUGUAUUGCCUAUUUGCUGACGGGACCAGUGUUCCAACAAGGGAUCUUCAUGGAAAUCCAUUUGCUUUCUAUGAAUUGACAGAGAAUCAUCAACGCCUUUACGGUGGCUAUUCCGUUCAUUGUGACGUUCCACCGUUUGCUCAACUUAUGCGAGGUGUUACAAUACGGAUGGACAGUCCAGAGUAUGGCAGGAUUGUAUUGCCUGUUAUCCAUGCUAACGCCUCCAAGAUUGAAACCCUCCCAUCUCAACAACCAUCGAUAACCUCAACACAAUUUGAGCAUCGAUUUGCAGUUUGUGUGCCAGCAUUGCACCACACUUCGAACCUGAACACAGCCUUUCUCUCCGAGUGGUUCAGAGUUCACAUUCGCCUUGGAGUAACAAAAUUUCGAAUCUACUAUAGUGAGCGCAUUUCCAAAAAUGUGAAAGAUCUAAUCAUGUCAUUGAAAAAUCGAGUGAGAAUUGACCUCUAUCCUCUGUUCUGGCAGGAAAAUACUAGAGCAGUUCGACAAGACUCCUGGUACUACCUCCAGACAAUGACAGUGAAUGACUGCCUUCUACGCAGCCUUUACGACACGGAGUAUGUGUUUUUCGGUGAUUUGGAUGAAGUUCUCAUUCCCCACAGCUUCACCAUUUCAAAUUGGAAUGAUUUGGUUCGUGAAUUAUGGAAUGAUAGAAAUGUUCCAGGUAUCUGCUUCCCUGCAUACAAGUUCUACGGCUCCAGUGUCAGUAUGAGUGCAAGCCUUCUGCGCUCUACCAAAAUUGAUAGGAUUCGCUCCAAAUGUCUUGUGCGUCCCAAUGCCAUAUUCGAAAUGGGCAUACAUCACAUCAGUAAGCCCUUCGAAGAGGCAGCCUCAAUGAGGCUUAAAGCAACUCAUAAUCUUACUAAUUAUGCCUUCAUUCACCACUACCAUCGACUGUCCGCAAGGAGGCGGGCACAGGACAUCAAAAUGGACGUUCUGGACACAAGUGUUCUUCGGUUUUUGGGAAAAUGA